AUGACCGUGGCAAGUGCCCAAAAAAGUCGGUUUCUCAUUGCAGUUUCUCAUGUAACGGACUUUUCAGCUACUUCUCAUCAUUCGAUCAAUAUUGACAGUACGCAGGCAUCGGCAGUCUCACCGAAACGACAUCCAUGGUCAGGUUUUUCAUAUUUUUCCACUCGUAAAGUUUUAAUUAAAAACAUGUUUGUUCUUUCUCGGAGUGAGCGUUUAGCUUUAAAUUUAUGAAGGAUCUUUUCAUUCUUUAGGAUGAUUCCUAGUAAAGAAACUUAAGUCCAUAUCUCCGAAAACAAGAAAUUGCGCAGGUAGACUUCAAUUGAUUGGUAGUUUACUUUUAGAGUGUGAGCCAAACCUAUGAAAACUUCAAAAAUCUCUCAGAAUUGCUGAGGUCCAUUUUUUAAGGUCUCCAACAACCGCAACGACUUCAACAACGUCCAAACGGCUUUGCCGCAUUUGUCAGUCUGAUUCCGGUCUGAUGGUUCGGCCGUGUGACUGCGCUGGAACGGUUAGUUUUCAGCUGAACUUCUGCGAAUCUCAAGGUUUCCAGAUGGGCGACAUCCACGAGAACUGCCUCUCGCGGUGGGUGGCCAUGUCGCACAAGAACGACUGUGAGAUCUGCAAGAAGCCCUACGCGAAGAGCGGAUCUCAGUUCAAGAAGUUUUCCGAAUGGACCAGGCCUAAGCUUGGCCUCUACGUAGGUGUCUUCUCAGUUCAUUCCGAACUCUUCAUUUCGAGGACCUUCUCGGGGGUUUGAUUGUGGCGAUGUUCUCGUACUCGAUUUACUAUACGUUUGAGCUGAUGGAAGAGCGGUACUUCUGGACUCGACUCUUUACUGAUAAGAUACCGUGUCGCGGCGACGAUGCUGGCAGAAUCUGUUCGUUUUCGGCUUGAAUUAUUAGAUGGUUAUUGAGCUUCUUCCAGUUGCUGUCUUCAUACUGAUCAUUGGGAUUGUGAACAACUUGGUGACAAUGUAUGUGGAGGCGCGAAACUAUCUGCGACAUCAACAGGAGAUCCGAUUCAUAAAUAAACACUGA